GGCCCGCCCACCGUGACCCUGUGACCCCGCUGUCCCAGUGCAGCAUGGCGGCCCUCAGGUCUCUGCUGGCGUCCAGGCUGGCGGUGACCCCCUUGUUCGCGCUGCGCCCCGUCCUGCUGCCUCUGCCCUUGAGCGGACUGGCGGCCACCCCGCGCGCGGCCCUCCACGCCUCCGCGCCGCGCCCCGGGACCAGGGUCGCGCUGGUGCUGUCCGGAUGCGGCGUCUACGACGGGACUGAGCUCCACGAGGCCUCAUCGAUCCUGGUUCACCUGAGCCGUGGUGGGGCCGAGGUCCAGAUCUUUGCUCCUGACAUCUCUCAGAUGCACGUGAUUGACCACACAAAGGGGCAGCCUUCUGAGGGUGAGACCAGGAACGUUCUGACGGAGUCAGCAAGGAUCGCCCGUGGCAAGAUCACCGACCUGGCCAAGCUCCGUGCUGCUGACCACGACGCCGCCAUCUUCCCCGGGGGCUUCGGAGCUGCCAAAAACUUGAGCACGUUCGCCGUGGACGGGAAAGACUGCCGGGUGGACCGAGACGUGGAGCGCGUCCUGAAGGAGUUCCACCAGGCCGGGAAGCCCAUCGGCUUGUGCUGCAUCGCCCCUGUCCUCGCGGCCAAAGUGCUGAGCGGCGUCGAGGUCACCGUGGGCCACGAGCAGGAGGAAGGCGGCAGGUGGCCAUACGCCGGGACUGCGGAGGCCAUCAAAGCCCUGGGCGCCAAGCACUGUGUGAAGGAAGUGACCAUAUCCUUCCAGCAUCCAGAGCGGCAUGGGGGACCCCUGGCACCUCCGUGCUGCCCUGCAGGGGGUGCCCAGAGCGUGUGCGUGAUGGGGCGUAGUACCCGAGGUGGUGACGCCUCCAUCAUCUCAUGCUGAGUUCCCAAGUCCCCGCAGUGACGCUGGCUGAGCUCAGCACACCCCAGGCCCAGAGUACGUUCAGUUGGGCAAGGAGACAGCCUUGGGCCUGAGGGGGAUGACCCUGUGGUGUAGAGGCUGGGGGGCUGCCUGGAGGUGGAGGGAGAGGGAGUGCCCCUUGGCAGGGUGGAAGGAGUUUGGGGGAUGGGGGGCUUCCUGUCUUUAUUUGGGAGAAGUUCCCUGGGUGAUGUGGAUGGAUUGCUGCGCCAGGCAGCCUCAUCACCUCUGUCCCGUGAGUGGGUCUUCUGUGUUGGGAGGUGGUGGACUGAGGGUGCCAGGGUACUGGGGCAGCGAUCUGUGGGCUUGGAGAGCCUCAGGCCACAGGCUGACCACCGUCCUGGUCCGCACCUGGACGCAGAGGGUCUCCAUGUGGCGGAAGUCGGGACAGAGCAGCACACUGCCUGAGGAGGUGCUGGAGGCCAGCCUGUUACCCUCUGGGUGUCUGUCCCAAAGGGCAUCUGUCCGAAGGGGGCUCGCUCUCCUAGGGUGUGUGUCUCCUUGCGGGCGGUUUCAGGUGUAAGUGUCCACCUCCCUUCAGUGUAGGGUGGCCAGCCCUGGGGGCUUUGGCAUGAGUCCAGGGAGCGGGUCUGAGGGUGGAGGCGAGGCCGGGUGUGGGUGAUGUGGGGCAGGAGCCUGAUGGGGUCAAGGGUGGGUCCCAGGUCGGGCUGCCCAUGGUGGUCGUGGCAGGCGCUCACACAGGCUAAGUGUGGCUUCUUGAUCUGAAGGAUGCGGGGCUGCCUCCACCUUCAGGGUCGUGGGCUCCUGGCAGUGCUGGCACCUGGCCCGGCUCUGUGGGGUGCUGGUCCCUGUGCCUGCUGCCGGGACACCUGUUACCAGCUCUCCCGGAGGUAGUGCAGGCGGUGCAGAAAGACCCUUCCUGGUGACGGCGGGGCGGGGGACACGUCUGUGGCGGUGGCUGGGGCUGCUUUCCGCCAGACCCUCUCGCUGCAGGAUGGGUUUCCCUAACUCGUGUGCACGAAGCUCACGUGGACCGGAAGAACAAGGUGGUCACCACGCCGGCCUUCAUGUGCGACACCGCGCUGCACCACGUCCACGACGGGACCGGGGCCAUGGUGAGGGAGGUGCUGGAGCUCGCCCGGAAGUGAGGCCACCGCCGGGCCAGCUCGCCCCCGGCCGAUGGCUCCCCUCUCAGCUUGGGAGGGGCAGGACUUUAUUUCUCUGCUUAAAUCUGUGUGUUUUCUUUCUAAAGAGGGAGCUGGCGCCACAUGGGUCAGGGGCAGACAGCGUGAGGCCUUUCCUCCUGGUGGGGAGGGUGGCGGGCAGUGGCCACUGGAUCAGAGGCAGCCUCGGAAUUGAAAUCAAGUCUGCUUUUCAGCAGGAACCUCAGGUAGAGAGAGGUGACCCUGCAGCCCUAGUAAUCAGGAAACCAAAGUACCACGAUUAUCGCUAGUUAAAGAUGCUCUGAUCUGGAGCAGAUACGAGCUGAUCAGGACAGUCGGGCUUUUGGAGCAGGCGUGCCCUUUGGCUGGUGAGAAUGAGCCCCUCCCCCAGAUAGACUCGGGCAGCCCCGUUUCAGGCCUCCUGAGGCUGGCCGACUAGUAAUAUGCACGAAGCUUCUCAUGUUAGGGGUGGGCACUCAGCCGUGUGUCGGCCUGCAGGGGGGGCAGUGCAGUUGGCCCCGGGCCCCGAGCGGGGCGGAUGGGACAUGGUGCAGAAGGAGCAAUAAAGUGUGGCAGCUCGUUGGCUGGCGCUUUC